AUGGAGCGCCGGAUGCACGUGGAGGUCACGUUUGGAGACCCUGUGCUGAUGGUGCGGAGUGUGUGGGACUGGCUACGCUCUCACCUCCUCUCUGUGUCUGUGUCGGUCUGCUGCUACACUACUGCUCCGUCUGCCAAGAGAUGAGACCGAGACCGAGACAAACAGAUUAGACAUACUAGAUUAGAUAUACUGUUGGGAAGAGCUGAGAUGGAGAUGGAUGUCAACAGGUGAGGGCAGGCUUAGAUACAGUACAUUAUAAACUGGGUGGUUUGAGCCCUGAAUGCUGAUUGGCUGAAAGCCGUGGUAUAUCAGACCGUAUACCACAGGUAUGACAAAAUAGCAAUAUAACAGCAAUAAGGCACCUCUGGGUUUGUGAUAUAUGGCCAACAUACCCCGGCUAAGUGCUGUAUCCAGGCACUCCGCGUUGAGUCGGCUGAACAGCCCUUAGCCGUGGUAUAUUGGCCAUAUACCCCCCCCCCCCCCCCCCCUGGCCUUAUUGCUUAAGUAUAGUAUAGCUAGGGUCAGAUGACACUGGUCUUCUAUAGUCAUAGAUAUAAUAUACUUAGGUGUGGACAGGUGAAGAAUGUCCUUGUCCUUGUGGGCAUGGAUGUAGUCAGGACCACAUUGUCAAACUUUGCAAAUAAAAAUGCCACGAAUAGAGCCGACGUGAUUCCUUAUUCUACUUGUCAGAGAGGCAUGUUUGUUCUACAUAGCAUAUUUAUAUCUGAACAUUCCAAAAUGUUGCAUCCUGCUGAAUGCACCCCUUGUGUACAUCCAGUAUAUAAGGCUGUCUUUCUCUCUAGGAUUAGAUAUGAGGUGGGCAGGUAAACAGUCUCUCCUCUCUCUGUGCUGAUCCACACAGGUAUGUGUGUAGGUGCUGCUACAUACCCUGUCCUCUCUAGUUGAGGCAGGUCUGGACAGGUGAGUUACAGUGAGGGGAAAAAAGUAUUUGAUCCCCUGCUGAUUUUGUACGUUUGCCCACUGACAAAGACAUGAUCAGUCUAUAAUUUUAAUGGUAGGUUUAUUUGAACAGUGAGAGACAGAAUAACAACAACAAAAUCCAGAAAAACGCAUGUCAAAAAUGUUAUAAAUUGAUUUGCAUUUUAAUGAGGGAAAUAAGUAUUUGACCCCUCUGCAAAACAUGACUUAGUACUUGGUGGCAAAACCCUUGUUGGCAAUCACAGAGGUCAGACGUUUCUUGGAGUUGGCCACCAGGUUUGCACACAUCUCAGGAGGGAUUUUGUCCCACUCCUCUUUGCAGAUCUUCUCCAAGUCAUUAAGGUUUCGAGGCUGACGUUUGGCAACUCGAACCUUCAGCUCCCUCCACAGAUUUUCUAUGGGAUUAAGGUCUGGAGACUGGCUAGACUACUCCAGGACCUUAAUGUGCUUCUUCUUGAGCCACUCCUUUGUUGCCUUGGCCGUGUGUUUUGGGUCAUUGUCAUGCUGGAAUACACAUCCACGACCCAUUUUCAAUGCCCUGGCUGAGGGAAGGAGGUUCUCACCCAAGAUUUGAUGGUACAUGGCCCCGUCCAUCGUCCCUUUGAUGCGGUGAAGUUGUCCUGUCCACUUAGCAGAAAAACACCCCCAAAGCAUAAUGUUUCCACCUCCAUGUUUGACGGUGGGGAUGGUGUUCUUGGGGUCAUAGGCAGCAUUCCUCCUCCUCCAAAUAUGGUGAGUUGAGGUGAUGCCGAAGAGCUCCAUUUUGGUCUCAUCUGACCACAACACUUUCACCCAGUUCUCCUCUGAAUCAUUCAGAUGUUCAUUGGCAAACUUCAGACGGCCCUGUAUAUGUGCUUUCUUGAGCAGGGGGACCUUGCGGGCGCUGCAGGAUUUCAGUCCUUCACGGCGUAGUGUGUUACCAAUUGUUUUCUUGGUGAUUAUGGUCCCAGCUGCCUUGAGAUCAUUGACAAGGUCCUCCCGUGUAGUUCUGGGCUGAUUCCUCACCGUUCUCAUAAUCAUUGCAACUCCACGAGGUGAGAUCUUGCAUGGAGCCCCAGGCCGAGGGAGAUUGACAGUGAUUUUGUGUUUCUUCCAUUUGCGAAUAAUCGCACCAACUGUUGUCACCUUCUCACCAAGCUGCUUGGCGAUGGUCUUGUAGCCCAUUCCAGCCUUGCGUAGGUCUACAAUCUUGUCCCUGACAUCCUUGGAGAGCUCUUUGGUCUUGGCCAUGGUGGAGACUUUGGAAUCUGAUUGAUUGCUUCUGUGGACAGGUGUCUUUUAUACAGGUAACAAACUGAGAUUAGAAGCACUCCCUUUAAGAGUGUGCUCCUAAUCUCAGCUCGUUACCUGUAUAAAAGACACCUGGGAGCCAGAAAUCUUUCUGAUUGAGAGGGGGUCAAAUACUUAUUUCCCUCAUUAAAAUGCAAAUCAAUUUAUAACAUUUUUGACAUGCGUUUUUCUGGAUUUUUUUGUUGUUAUUCUGUCUCUCACUGUUCAAAUAAACCUACCAUUAAAAUUAUAGACUGAUCAUUUCUUUGUCAGUGGGCAAACAUACAAAAUCAGCAGGGGAUCAAAUACUUUUUUCCCUCACUGUAGAUAAUCCUUCUACAGAGAGAAAUAUAUCUGCUUUUGCAUUAGCCAAUAUGGACGGGUCUGUAGGCUGGGUCAGGUGUGUAUUGGGGACAUUAGGUCCAACACAAGAUCUGAUUGUAUCUUUAUUUGACCAGGUUUGUGACACCUAGGAUCUGUCUUUAUUAUGAAAAGCUGUAAUCAUGUCGUGGGUGUUAAUAAGGUGCUCUGAGUUGAUGUUUCUAUCUGGGCUAAGGCGGUGGUAAGCCAGGGGGAUUUAUGAUGAUGGUUGCUGUCUGAAUAGACAUCAGGGCUGUAGCUCAGUAGGUCAGAGUUUCACAACUGUUAGUUUUUGACCUCAUGAACAGAGCUUUUGUGUUCCUCUUGCAGACCGCACUGACGUCCAGAAUGUCACUGCUGACGUGUGUGUGUUUCAUGGCUGCUAUCAUUGACAGGGGCCAGACACAUUCCCAGCAUUCCAAGAGUGUAGUGUAGGAUGAAGGGAAGGAAAGGGGGAGGGAGGGGGCAAAGGGACAGAGCCCUGCUGUUAAUAGUGGAGGAGAGGGAGGAAUAUAGAGGGGGAUAAGGAUGACAGCGGGAAGCAAUGAGUGAAGGCAGGAGAGAGGGAGUGAUACUGUGAGGAAGGGAAAAGUAUGGGGAUUACGAAAAGAAGAAGUAAGGGCAAAGUUUGGGCAAGAGUGAGGGAAGGAGAAAGAAGAUCAAGUGAGAGACUCCGUAUCAUCAUUCUCCUCUCCAGGGUCAUUCAGGUCAGGUAAUAAUGGAGGUGGAGAUGGGAGGAGGGGGUGAAAUCUAAUAGAGGGGAUUGAGUUACGUCUGACCUCCCCCUGGCCAUUCAUUAAGCUGUCUGGGCUGAACUGCUGGAGAGCGAGUGAGUGGGAGAUAAACGAGUGGAUGAGAGAGGAGUGAAAGAGGAGACGGUAGCCGUUUAGAAGGGGUAUAGCUCUGCUUUGCUUACCCAUUCCUCUCCAGACCCCCUGGAGUGACACCCAUCACCCAAUGCUCAGCUCAGAGAGGGACAGAGAGCGAGAAUGAUAGACAAAGUGAUUGAUUUAGCUGAAAGCCCCCUGCAGAUUAGUGCUGUGCUACCUUGGAGUUAGCUCAUCGCUCACCUGUCACAUUUACCUCUGCCUCUUUGCACUUUUCCUUCUGUCUCGAAAGGAAGGGGCUUUGUCUUCAUUUUGCAAUGUUUUCAAUCUGGCAUGUCUGCAAGUUUCAAGUUUUAAUGUCAAAUGCACAAGUACAGUGAAAUGCCUUUCUUGCAAACUCAAAACAAUGCUAUAACUAAUAACAAUGUAUUAUUAAAACAAAAACACAAGAAAUAAGAAUAAGAAAUAUGAAAUACACAAUAAAGUAAGUAAGUAAGUAAGCAACUAAUAUACAGGAAAUAUUUAAAAGGUCAGUUCCGAUACCAUAUUUACAUGUGCAGGGAUGCUGGAGUGAUGGAGGUAGAUAUGUAUUGGCGUAAGGUGACUAGGCAACAGGAUGUAAGAUAAACAGAGUAGCAGCAGUUUGUAUGUGAGUGGGUGUGCGGUUGUGUAGAGUCAGUAUAAAUGUAUGUGUAUAUUAUGUGCGAGUGAGCAAAUGAUGGAGUGAGUGUUUGUGUGUGUGUGUUGGAGUGACAGUGUGUGUAAGUGUGUAGGGCCCUGUGAGUGUGCAUAGACAGUGCACAUUCUGAAAAAAAAGGUCAAUAAAGAUGCUUGGGGCUAGAAGCUGUUCAAGAGCCUGUUGAUGUCAGACUUGAUGCACCGGUACCUCUUGCCAUGCUGCUGCAGAGAAAAUAGUCUAUGGCUUGGGUGGUUGGGUUCUUUGCCGAUUUGCCGGGCCUUCUUUUCACAUCGCCUGAUAUAGAGGUCCUGGAUGGCAGGGAGCUCGGCCCCAGUUAUGUACUGGGCUGUCCGCACAACCCUCUGUAGCGCCAUGCGAACGAGGGCGGUGCUAUUGCCAUUUCAAGCAGUGAAGCAGCCAGUCAAUAUGCUCUCAAUGGUACAGCUGUAGAACCUUUUCAGGAUUUGAGGGCCCAUGCCAAACCUUUUCAACCUCCUGUGGGGGAAGAGGCACUCUCGUGCCUUCUUCACGACUAUGCGUGUAUGUUUGGACCAUUUUGAAGUCUUUAGUGAUUUUGGACACCAAGGAACUUGAAGCUGUCUACUUGCUCCACUGCCGCCAUGUCGAUGUGGAUGGGGGCAUGCCCCCCCCCCCCCCCCCCCCCCCCCCCCCCCCCCCCCCCGUUUCCUGUAGUCCACGAUCAGCUCCUUGGUCUUGCUAACGUUGAGGUAGAGGUUGUUGCUCCGGCACCACACUGCCAGGUCACUGACCUCCUCCCUGUAGGCUGACUCAUCGUCGCCGGUGAUCAGGCCUACCACUGUCGUGAUGUCAGCAAACUUGAUAAUGGUGUUGGAGUCGUGGGUGAACAGGGAGAACAGGAAGGGACUAAGAACACACCCAAUGUUCAAGAAUGGCCCUUUUCCCUUUAUUCAGAUUACAACCUCUCACUUUCAGUUAUUUGAAAAGGAAAUAAUCUCCCAAAUAUCACUAUUUCUAAAACAAGCCAUAGAAAGUUGGUUGCAAUUUCAAUUUAAGUUUUGAGAAUUACACAAAUAUUAAUUUUCGCAAAGUCUGCUGCCUCAGUUUUUAUGAUGGCAAUUUGCAUAUACUCCAGAAUGUUAUGAAGAGUGAUCAGAUGAAUUGCAAUUAAUUGCAAAGUCCCUCUUCGCCAUGAAAAUGAAUUUAAUCCCCCAAAAAAACAUUUCCACUGCAUUUCAGCCCUGCCACAAAAGGACCAGCUGACAUCAUGUCAGUGAUUCUCUCGUUAACACAGGUGAGAGUGUUGACGAGGACAAGGCUGGAGAUCACUCUGUCAUGCUGAUUGAGUUAGAAUAACAGACUGGAAGCUUUAAAAGGAGGGUGGUGCUUGAAAUCAUUGUUCUUCCUCUGUUAACCAUGGUUACCUGCAAGGAAACACGUGCCGUCAUCAUUGCUUUGCACAAAAAGGGUUUCACAGGCAAUGAUAUUGCUGCUAGUAAGAUUGCACCUACAUCAACCAUUUAUCGGAUCAUCAAGAACUUCAAGGAGAGAGGUUCAAUCUUACUGUAUGUAUAUACAGUUGAAGUCGGAAGUUUACAUACACCUUAGCCAAAUACAUUUAACCUCAGUUUUUCACAAUACCUGACAUUUUAAUCCUAGUAAAAAUUCCCUGUUUUAGGUCAGUUAGGAUCACAACUUUAUUUUAAGAAUGUGAAAUGUCAGAAUAAUAGUAGAGUGAUUUAUUUCAGCAUUUAUUUAUUUCAUCACAUUCCCAGUGGGUCAGAAGUUUACAUACACUCAAUUAGUAUUUGGUAGCAUUGCCUUUUAAAUUGCUUAAUUUGGGUCAAACUUCCAAAACCCUUCCAAAAGCUUCCCACAAUAAGUUGGGUGAAUUUUGGCCCAUUCCUCCUGACAGAGCUGGUGUAACUGAGUCAGGUUUGUAGGCCUCCUUGCUCGCACACGUUUUUCAGUUCUGCCCACAACUUUUCUAUAGGAUUGAGGUCAGGGCUUUGUGAUGGCCACUCCAAUACCUUGACUUUGUUGUCCUUAAGCCAUUUUGCCACACCUUUGGAAGUAUGCUUGGGGUCAUUGUCCAUUUGGAAGACCCAUUUGCGACCAAGCUUUAACUUCCUGACUGAUGUCUUGAGAUGUUGCUUCAAUAUAUCCACAUAAUUGAUGCCAUCCAUCAAUAUGAAAAUGUAUGCACUCUGGAUAAGAGCGUCUGCUAAAUGACUAAAAUGUAAAUGUUAAUCUAUUUUGUGAAGUGCACCAGUCCCUCCUGUAGCAAAGCACCCCCACAGCAUGAUGCUGCCACCCCUGUGCUUCACGGUUGGGAUGGUGUUCUUCGGCUUGCAAGCAUCCCCCUUUUUCCCUCCAAACAUAACGAUGGUCAUUAUGGCCAAACAGUUCUAUUUUUGUUUCAUCAGACCAGAGGACAUUUCUCCAAAAAGUACAAUCUUUGUCCCCAUGUGCAGUUGCAAACCAUAGUCUGGCUUUUUUAUGGUGGUUUUGGAGCAGUGGCUUCUUCCUUGCUGAGCAGCCUUUCAGGUUAUGUCGAUUUUAUAUAGGACUCGUUUUACUGUGGAUAUAGAUACAUUUGUUCCUGUUUCCUCCAGCAUCUUCACAAGGUCCUUUGCUGUUGUUCUGGGAUUGAUUUGCACUUUUUGCACUAAAGUACGUUCAUCUCUAGGUGACAGAACGCGUCUCCUUCCUGAGCGGUAUGACGGCUGCGUGGUCCCAUGGUGUUUAUACUUGCGUACUAUUGUUUGUACAGAUGAACGUGGUACUUUCAGGCAUUUGGAAAUUGCUCCCAAGGAUGAACCAGACUUGUGGAGGUCUACAAUUUUUUUUCUGAGGCCUUGGCUGAUUUAUUUUCAUUUUCCCAUGAUGUCAAGCAAAGAGGCACUGAGUAUGAAGGUAGGCCUUGAAAUACAUCCACAGGUACACCUCCAAUUGACUCAAAUGAUGUCAAUUAGCCUAUCAGAAGCUUCUAAAGCCAUGACAUCAUUUUCUGGAAUUUUCCAAGCUGUUUAAAGGCACAGUCAACUUAGUGUAUGUAAACUUCUGACCCACUGGAAUUGUGAUACAGUGAAUUAUAAGUGAAAUAAUCUGUCUGUAAACAAUUGUUGGACAAAUUACUUGUGUCAUGCACAAAGUAGAUGUCCUAACCGACUUGCCAAAACUAUAGUUUGUUAACAAGAAAUUUGUGGAGUGGUUGAAAAACAAGUUUUAAUGACUCCAACCUAAGUGUAUGUAAACUUCUGACUUCAACUGUAUAUACACAUAUAUAUUUGCAAGAAAAAAAAACAUAUGGGGGAUUGGAAGUGAUGCAGACAAUUACAUUGAUGGAAGUUACAAUCUAUCUGCAAUAUUAAAGCUGAUCUACACCCUAAAAAAAAGACACUAAAGAAAGAACACACCCCUGUGGGGAACCCUGUGUUGAGGGUCAGCGUGGGGGAGGUGAUGCUGCCUACCCUCACCACCUGGUUUCGGCCCGUCAGGAAGUCCAGGAUCCAGUUGCAAAGGGAGGUGUUCAGACCCAGAGUCCUAAGCUUGGUGACGAGCUUGGAGGGGAUAAUGUUGUUGAACGCUGAGCUGCAGUCAAUGAACACCAUUCUCACAUAGGUAUUCCUCUUAUCUAGGUUGGUGAGAGCAGUGUGGAGAGCAAUUGAGAUUGCGUCAUCUAUGGAUCUGUUGGGGCGGUAUGCAAAUUGAGUGAGUCUAGGGUGGCUGGGUUGGUGGAGUUAAUGUGUGCCAUAACCAGCCUCUCAAAGCAUUUCAUGAUUACAGAAGUGAGUGCUACAGGGCGGUAAUCAUUGUGGCAUGAAGCUUUAGAGUUCUUAGGAACAGGGAUGAUUGUGGUCAUCUUAAAACAUGUGGGGAUUACAGAAUGGGAGAGGAGAGGUUGAAAAUUGUGAGUGUGAAUGUGUCAUCUGCUCUGAGGUAAGGGUUAUGUUUGGGUUAAGCUGGUAAAGAGCUUUAGAGCUCGGAAGUCUCUGUUGGCAUUGACCAGCCACGGGACUAUUAGGCUUACAUGCCUGCUCUGUGUCUGUUCUUUACCAUGUAUUCAGUACAACUUCAGGGCCCGUAUCCACAAAGCGUCUCAGAAUAGGAGAGUUGAUUUAGGAUCAGUUUGCCUUUUAGAUAAUAAUGAAUAAGAUUUAUAUGGACAUAUCCUAGAUCAGCACUCCUACUCUGAGAUACUUUCUGAAUAGUCUUUUUAUCACUACUCUUUCCUCGCUCUGUAUUCAACACAAAAUUACAGCAGUCCAGUAGAAAGAAUGUGUGAGUGUGGAGUCAGACAGACAGACAAACAUUUGGCUGGGGUUGGUUGGUUGUACUUGGCUGUAGUGUAGUGGGGCAUGCAUUCUUUCGUGGUCUGAGGAUUGUAAAUGAUCAUAGAAGACUGGCUUAUGAUACCCUGUCCUUCCACUGAAUGACCUUUGAUGAGGACCUCUGCCUCCCUCUUCUUUCUAUUGUUGUCUCUUUCUCAAACGUUUUGUCUACCUUUUACGCUCUCCUUCUGUCUCUCCAUCUGUCUCUCUCUGUCCCUAUCGCUCUCGUUCGCUCUCUUUCUCCCUCCUGUGAUUUCCCACACACGUACAUUAUCAUUUCCUAGUCAGUGAAAUGUGUGAUCGAUACUGUGUUCUCCUCUCUGCUUGCUUGCGUCAAAGCCCCUUGCAUAGUGACCUUGCUGUAUUUUUCCAAUAAAGAUAAACCAACUCUACAUACACAUUCACUGCACAUACACACCUUCACAGAUACUCAAGCAGACUCACAGCAAACCCACACACUCACACAGUGUUCCUGUGUAGGCCAGGGGCGUGUUUUCUGUUGUUGUGGCACCAGUGUGAUGGUUCUGGUCAAUGUUUUGCGAAUGAGGGCUGUGAGAAACGUUGUGUACCUGGCCUUGGCUCAAACGGGCUAGGACCUCUCACGCUCUGCCUCCUGUUGAGUCUGCAUAAAUGUCUGUGUGUCUUUAGAUCAUUGGUUUUCACACCAUUUUUACCAACCUCUCAAAUGGUCUUAUGACCCACUGAUAAGCGAGACAACAUUUCUAUCCAGUUUUCUGCUGUGGCCAAGUAGGAAUGAGUCGGGACAACCAUGUGUAAACCACUAGUUUAGCCGACUGGUGGUGUGUAACCCAUUUUGUUGCUUCUCUCCAUCCAGACCAAGCCGUGGCAGAAGCUGAAGACUAUGGUGCACUGGUCUCCCUUCAUCGUGUCCUUUAAGAAGCGCUAUCCCUGGGUGCAGCUCGCUGGGCACGCAGGUAUACACCACUCCCUUUCACUCUCUCUGUUUCUCUCUCCCUCUCUUUCUCCCUCUCUCUGUUUCUCUCGCUCGCUCUCCCUCCCUCUCUUUCUCUCCCUGCUGGCCUCUUUCUUUCUUUCACACCCUCUCUCUGUACUCGCGCUCUCUCGCUCAGUAUUUCUCACUUUCUUUUCCUCUGUCACUCACUUUCCCCCCUCCCUCCCUCCUCUCUCGUAGGUAACUUCCAUGCGGGGGAGUAUGGGCGUUUGUUGAAGCGCUACUGUGAGUGUGAGCAGCUGUGCCUGUCGAAGCUGAUGGGGGAAACUCUGCGGCCCUACGUCCCUGGCUACUACGGCGUGGUGCAGCGGGACGAACAGGACUACAACCUAAUGGACGACCUCCUGGCUGACUUUGACUCUCCCUCCAUCAUGGAUUGCAAGAUGGGCAGCAGGUGAGAGACCAGGGGAAGAGUUAGGUGUUUUAGUACUGAGCUGGAAAAGAAUAGGUAGAAUCUACCACACACCCAAAACCGAUUAGUGGAAGGCGCUGGAGGCAAAAUGUCAGUCGACCUUCAUCAGAGCAAAAUGAAUUCCUGCACGCCCUGAGGCUCUCCAGGACCAAUGCUGGAGAGGAGAUCACUAGUGUUAGAUAACUCAGCUGUUAGAUAAUGAACUGACCCACUAACCCUGUCUUCCCUGUCCUAUCAGGACUUACCUGGAGGAGGAGCUACUGAAGGCCAGGGAGCGUCCGCGGCUCCGCAGGGACAUGUAUGAGAAGAUGGUGGCCGUGGACCCCGGGGCCCCUACGGAUCAGGAGAGGGCCCAACAAGGCAUCCUGAAGCCCAGAUACAUGCAGUGGAGAGAGACCCUCAGCUCCACUGCCACCCUUGGCUUCCGCAUCGAGGGCAUCAAGGUCAGGGGGCACACUGUGUUCAACUGGGCAUCAAAAUAUAAUUUUUAGUGUUUCAAAUGUAUGUGCACAAUAACUUGUUCCUGGUCACAAUAAUAAGACAAGGAAAUGGGUGUGAUCUGUCCGCACUCAAAAAGAUGUCACAUAAAGCUUACUUCAUUUAAAAAAAAAAAGAUUUUCACUGCAUCAAUAAUUAGACUAAAUACUGUUGUUUGUUAUUUGUGCUGUGCAGAGAGCGGACGGGACAUGUAACACCAACUUUAAGAAGACCAAACACACGGAGCAGGUCAUGCAGGCCCUGAGAGAUUUUGUGGAUGGGAACAUUCAAAUCCUGGUACGUGUUUCUAGAGGGACAUUUAGUCGGGUGGCACAUAAGGGAACUUGAGUUCUAGGGGGACCUACUCAGUCCCUUCAGAUUGACCGUCUGUUUGACUGUUUGUCUCCCCUUCUGUUCUCUCUGGUAGAAACUCUACCUGCAACGUCUGAAGGAGCUGCGAUCCGUGCUGGAGAAAUCACAGUUCUUCAGAACACAUGAGGUAACACACUCACUCACUCACACCCUACAUCAUCUAUACCCAUAGUACUCUGCUUUACUUACUGGUGGUAAAUUAAGACAAUAUUUACAGUAACGUUCGGUAUGAGUACUUUCCCUCAACAAACCUGUUUGCUGGGUUAUGAUUCAAUGUGAUUGAUAUGAACAUGAUUCAAAUUCCUUAUUAAAGCCGCAAUAUGUAACUUUUUGGGCUACCUGACCAAAUUCACAUAGAGAUGUUAGUUAUAGAUCUGUCAUCCUCAUUGAAAGCAAGUCUAAGAAGCAGUAGAUCUGUUCUAUGUGCACUAUUUCUAUGCUUCCCGUUCUUAAGUUUCAUUUUUGCAUCUUUUACUUUCAGUUUUGUACACCAGCUUCAAACAGCUUAAAAUACAAUAUUUUUGGUUAUGGGAAAUAUAUUUCAAAGUGGUUUAGAUGGUACAAUGAAUCUGUGCACUAUACAUGCUUGUUUUGUCACAUAAACUGAAAUUAGGCGAACUAUUAGAAUUUUAGCAGCCAGAAAUGGCAGAGCGAUUUCUGCGUAGUGCAGCUUUAAAUCACAAACAAACACUCACACUGACAUACUGAACUCAACUGUCCUGUUUUCUCCCAGGUGGUGGGCAGCUCCCUGCUGUUUGUGCAUGAUGCGUCGGGGCAGGCCUGUGUGUGGAUGAUAGACUUUGGGAAGACGGUGCCUGUGCCUGCCCCCCUCACCCUGGACCACCGGACCCCCUGGAUGGAGGGCAACCACGAGGAUGGCUACCUGUGGGGUCUGGACAACCUCAUAGACAUCCUCAAUACCAUGCUCCCCCCCAGCCCCUGA